AGCCGGUCAAGUAUUGCUUUGCCCAAUAUCAGGAGACUCGCAUAGCCCGAGUCACAGCCAUCGUGGAUGCCUCAUCUAUGGUUACCCGGUUACACGCUUUGAAGGGAUGGUUCGAGUUUCUCUUCGUUCGACUCGGCAUGCCCAUUAUGGGCAGUUUCGUUGCAGAUAUGGCAUCGGAGGUCUCGGUAGGUGCAACUAUGCUUGAAAACCUAGCUCCACCCAGGGGCCAGGGAAAACGGGAAAGUAAGCUCAAAAGAGCUCUACUGGGGUUGCCUUUCCUGGUUCUUCUCUUUGUGGCAAAAAUUGCUUCGAACGCCAAAUACGCGUCUGCCUUGCCUGGCCAUAUUUGGGAACCUGAAGAUAUGGCCCCAGCCAUAGGCUCAGUGGCUCUGCUUCGAAGGUUCUACAGUAUGAAAGGGAUUGAUGACCUCUGGUCCCUCCAAUAUAUUAGCUACUUACCUGCCUUCUUUGAAAUGAAAUAUGAGUCUCUAAGCCAGGAAAUCUCAUCUUCAAUUGAUGUGGGAAUUUUCAUGAGAAUAUGGUUAUUUGAAUCAAUUCGACGAGCAAACUCAUUGACCAUGGCUCAAAUACCAAUACUCUUCACCCUUGGCAGUGAAUUGGCAGGACUGGGCCGCGUCAGCAGUUUGUAUUACAUUUUGCACUACAUCAACAGCCCCAUCGAGGUGUUCAAGGGAGCCGACAUGCGCCUCAUGCAUCUCAACUAUGCCAUUGCCGUUUUGCCGGCCAUGAUUAUCUCCUACUACAUCCCACUUUUGGCUACCUUCUUCUGGCUGACAGUCUCAAGGAGAAAUUUAUGGCUGUUUGUCUGGAAAAUGCACCCGAAAUGGACCUCAAUCACUCUACACAUGUUCUCCCGCAUCUUUCCAAGCACACUCAGGGAGGACCGAAUACAUGCUCCAAGGCGAGAUCUCCCCGUAAUCAAAGUUUCCAUGAGUUUCUUGGUCAUUGAGGCAGCUAUCUUUUGGCUAUGGGGUCGAUGGACCUCGCUGUCUUCGGCCGCUUGUGUCUUGGAUCCCACUGCGGUUCCAUCUACACAGGCUUCCUUUGCUGCUUUUGUAUGUGCAAUUUUCAAACGGGAUACGCUUCCACUUUUGCUUCCGCAUUUCUUUGGCUGGGAUACCUCAUCAGGGACCUCAAGUAUGCCGGGAUGA